GUUUAUUUACAGCGGCACGAUGAUGGACUUUUUCAUAGCCAACAAUCACUUGGAGAAACCCAAGGAGGAGGAACCUGCGCCCGAACCGGAAACCACCGGCUUCCACGACCUUCCGAUGGAGCUGCUGUUGAAGAUCAUGAAGAUGGUCAGCUUGGACGAUCGCGUCGCCGCCGGGCAGACCUGUCGCCGAUGGUUGGAGGCGUCGCACUACUACACCCCGUUCAACGAGAAGCUGGUGUUUCGCUUCUCGAACAUUAACUUUUGCGACAAUGAGCCACCGAUCAAGAACUUUAUACAGGCGUUCCGCAUCUUUCCGAGGAUCGAGUUGAGCUCGGUGACGUUCUACGGGAACAGUGACUUUUGGCCGGAUUUUGGGGAGUUUGUGCUCGAGUUGAGCUUCCGGAACUGCCUAAUUCGGGACACGGAGUUGGCGUGGGCGUUGCAGCACGUGCCAAACCUGCGCAAGCUGCGGAUCGAGUCGUGCGAUGAGCUGUUCCGGAUGUGGCAGUUCGACAAACAGUUCCACUGCUGUCAGUCGAACUUUGUGUUGGAGAAGCUGUUGGAUGUCUCGGUGGCGAAUAACGACUUUAUGGAUGAGAAACACUUCAACUGGAUCAUGACGAUCGCGCCGAACAUGGCCCAUCUCGACAUUUCCAACUGUUUCAAGAUGGUUACAGCGGUACGGAGAGUCGCGAUGGUUGAGCACAUCAUGCGGUUCAUCAACAAUCGUAGGUUUCAGCUGGAAACGCUCAAGUUUAGUGGUACCUUGUCGAUCGACGACAUCUGCUUGAGCACGUUGGCCAUGCUGGACGGACUAUGUCUGGAGAGCCUCAGCCUGACGUUCUGCGACAAAAUACCCCCGGCGAUCAUCGAUCUGCUGAGACGGCAACCCGAGCUGAAGAUAACCCCCGCCCUGCAAUUCAAAGUUGGUAAAGUGAAGAAAACCAUCCAAACGCCCGGCUUCAUCAGCUUCCUCACCAGUCAACCCAACCUGGUCCACCUCGAUCUUUCCUCUUCCCUCGGAGUGACCGACGAAGUCAUGGAACUUAUCACUACCACCCUAACGAAGCUAAAAACGCUCAAACUACGCCGCUGUAUUCUCAUCACCGACGAGGGGAUCAUGGAAAUUGUCAAGCUAGAACGCCUCGAAGUUCUUGACCUGUCCAACUGCGAACGAAUCUCCGACCGGGCCAUGUUCAACGGCGUGAUCGGUCGCAGAAUGAAGAAUCUCCAAGAACUUUACCUGUGUGAACUGCCCAGCCUAAGUGACUACUCGCUCAUCCAGGUUACGCUCAACUUUGACAAAAUUCAAAUCCUUGAUCUCAGCAGUUCUCCGAACGCCGCGACGGACGCCACCCUGCAGUACAUCAACUUCUACCUGCUACACCUGCGCAAGCUGAUUCUGUACUGUUGCACGAAGGUGACGGACGCUGGCCUGACGGGAAUCGACCUGCCGUACAACCCGCUCGAGAUAUGGGACAUUUCCGAGUCGUUCGCGAUCGAUCGCAUCUUCAAGCUACGCACGCUGGUCCUCACCGGGUGCUACAAGAUCACCGAUCUUGCCCUGCAGAAAGGGUUCAGCUUUGGCGAGCUGAAGGAACUGCACCUGGCGCGGUGCUCGAUGCUCACCGAGGCCGGCAUCGAGGCGCUCGUCACCAACAACAAGUCCAUCGAGUACCUGGACCUCAGCGAGUGCCCCAACGUGAACGACCACUGCAUCGACCUGAUAACGGCCAAUCUGAAGCGGCUCAAAACGCUCAAGGUCAACAAGUGCCCCAUGCUGACGGACGACAGUCUGUACUUUGUCAGCGUCAACUGCCACUACCUGAAGCACAUUUCGCUAGCCGGAUGCUUCAAGCUGAACCGGGUCGAGGAGCGGCUACAGGCGGCGAUCCCCACGCUCAAGACGAUCAACAACAAGUAGUCGUAGUAGGCGUCUUGCUCUUUUUUUGUUUUUGUGAUGUCCUAUGAAUAGAAGUUUCUAAAUAUAACCCC